AAAUAUACAUCUUUUUACAGCUCUCCCUCUAUAAAUAGAUAUGGAAGAAGAGGACACGAGCAAACCUGCAACUGCAAAAUGAACGUAGAAGAAGAGGUUGAAAAACUCAAGGUAGAGAUCCAGCGACUUGGUACCAAGCAAGAAGAUGGAUCUUACAAGGUGACAUUCGGUGUGCUUUUCAACGACGAUAGAUGUGCAAACAUAUUUGAGGCAUUGGUUGGGACACUGAGGGCAGCCAAGAGGCGCAAACUCCUCACAUAUGAUGGUGAGCUGCUCCUUCAAGGUGUUCAUGAUAAUGUUGAAAUCAUGCUCAAACCACCUACUCCUACUGCCACUCCUGCUCCUUAAUUUGUAUCCAUGUUAUUGUGCUAUAUGUUGUUGUUUUGCUAUAUGAUUGAUUGUAACUUUGUAAGACUCUGUAAUCAUCCCUCGUGUUGCUAAUUUAUGUCGGUUCUUUCGUUUC